AUGGCCUCAAUUCUCCGCCAGAUAGUCGCGGGUCCUAGACAACAACACCCAGAGGCAGGUCUAGACCUCUGCUAUGUGACGGACAAUGUCAUCGCAACAUCAGGCCCUUCUGCAACCUACCCCCGGCGCGCCUACCGCAAUCCUCUCCCCAAUCUAGUCAACUUCCUCGACUCGAAACAUGGCGCAAAUUGGUGUAUCUGGGAGUUCCGCGCCGAGGGCACGGGAUAUCCGGACUCUGAAGUGUAUGGACGAAUUCACCACUUCCCUUGGCCGGACCACCACCCGCCGCCAUUCGCCCUAAUUCCGAACAUCAUGGGCAGCAUGCGGAAUUGGCUGAAUCGAUUGGACGAAACAGAGAAGAAGGAAGACGGAGACCGAGUUGUGGUCGUGCAUUGUAAGGCGGGCAAAGGGCGCAGCGGCACAAUCGCGACGGCAUAUCUGAUCAGCCAGGAAGGUUGGAAGAAGGAGGAUGCCCUGCAGCGAUUCACGGACAGACGCAUGCGGGUUGGCUUUGGGAAUGGCAUCAGUAUUCCCAGUCAGCUACGGUACGUCGACUAUAUCGACCGAUGGGCGAACCAACUCGACAAACAGUACGUGGAGCGGCCCGUCGAGAUCGUGGAGGUACAUAUCUGGGGACUGCGUGAUGGAGUCAAGGUCGCAGUGGAGGGAUAUGAGGAUGAAGGCAAGAAGAUCAAAUGCGUUCAUCUGUUCCACCGCAGCGAGCGCACUGUCAUAGAAGACGGAAAAGGAACAUCGACGCCAAAACAAAACGAUGCCAAAGACAAAUCGCCCCAAACUCCCAUCGCACCGUCAUCGACCUGGUCACCUGCACCUUCGCAGUCUGAUACUUCCAGCUCAACCACCAAACCCCCUCUGUCACGCCGGUCUACCACCAACACCCUGCCAGCCGUCAUAUUCCGACCCAAGAAGCCCGUGAUACUCCCCGGCUCCGAUGUGAACAUCGACUUUGAACGACGCAGCAAAGCCUCGUAUACCGGCUUCGCGAUGGUGACAUCCGUCGCCCACGUCUGGUUCAACGCAUACUUCGAAGGCGGCAACGAGCAUGACUCCAACGUCUUCGAGAUCGGAUGGGACGCCAUGGAUGGGAUCAAGGGCAGCGCAAAGAAAGGUAUCCGUGCACUUGAGAAACUCAAGGUAGUAUGGCGGUAUCCGCCCCCGGAAGAGGUUGUCAAGAAAGAUGCUGCAUCGGCAAGUGGACGACCGAUCAGCGAGCCAAAGCCCGGUGAACCCAUUCAUGAAAGUCGCCCGGCCGAUUGGAGAGGCGACGAGACGGAGGCAUUGCCGAAGCAGGAAAAUCAGCCUCCGGGGACGAAUGAAGAUGCCAAGGAAGAAGGAUUCGUGGGAUCUGGGUUAUUGGCCGUUGGAGUGGGGUCAUUGCAUGAAGUCCGACGAAAAUUGGGGCUGCGUAAGCAGACGGAUGAGAGUAAAGAUGUGAGUUUGGCUGGGACGGACGACGAGGCACUGUCGACGACCGAUGAUGAAGGUCGAGCAAAGAAGGCAAAGUCUACGCAGAGAGAUGGAAAUGGAGACUUUGAUGGCGAGGGUGUGAGAGCUUAUUUUCCAGAGAAUGGAGAGGGAUCAAGCAGUGACCAAGGGAAAGACGGCAAAGAGUCCAAGGGUGAGAGUAUAGAUUAA